AUGAACUCUGGGAUCAGUGCAACUACUCCCUUAUUUCUUCACAAUGAUGACGACUUUGUAUCGCCGACGAGAUCCCUUCAGAUCAAUUUUGAACAUUCAGAGGAAGGUAUGUUAGAGUUACCAGAGCAACAAUAUAAGUCAACAGCAGGACAUCGAAAGGAUCACUCAUCCAAAUCUUUAAGCAGCGUUAGUGACACGUCGUUUCAAACAGCGCCUUCGGCGCAUAUUGAGGUCAGGGCUGAUGCUGAAGACGAAGAAGAUCUAACGUUAAUGAGCAACAACGCAUUGACUGGUUUCCGGGGGUACCAGGAGGAAUUAGCCGAUAACACACCUGUCAUAGGACGUAAAUCGCCUACCGAAGAGGAUGUGAUGACGCCUAGAUGUAUUCGAGAUAACAACACGGAGAAAAGCCACGAAUCAGAGGGAGAUCGUGCGCUGCUUUACAAAGAACCAGAGACCGGUCUGGGAAUCAGCAAGAGAGAGAGUAGUAUCACGAUCAGCUCCUACAUUAAAACAGCAAAUUCGACAAAAAUAGUCUCCCCGACAUCGUCGCCUAUCAGAGCUAUACGAGCGUCUGCUAUUAUCAACAACCGCGCUGGAAGGAAGUUAUUGGACGGAGGCUUGCAGAAGGGAAACCCAGUAAGUAAUGACCAGUCAAACAGCGUUUCAAACAGCAAUACGUCAUUAGCUCCAGAUUUGGACAAACGACCAAUGGGGCUUUCGAAGGCUCCUACACUCAAGAAAAGCUCUGAAAUAAGUCUGCAUGACGACAGCUUCGCCUAUUUAUUCAUCAUUGCUAUUCAUUCCUUCAAUGCUGAGUCUUUGGAGAAUCCCGAAGAUGUUUCGAUAUGCCUAUCAUUCGAGAAAAAUGACAUUGCAUUUGUGCAUACAGUGGACGAAUCAGGAUGGGGUGAAGUUACAUUAAUCCGUAAUCGAAAACGAGGAUGGGUUCCUUUUAACUAUUUUUCUGACACUGUCAAGCCAACAGAAUCUUCACGUUCAGAUUUAAGCACAUAUGAUCUUAUAAAAUCAAGGCUUCCAUUGCAAGAGUUACUCUCAGCAUGUGCGAAAUUCCUGCUACAUCCUCAAGACACCCGUUUACCGGGCGCGAAAGAAGCGACUUUCAACGUGGAAUACAUAAACCAGAUCAGAGAUGGUGUGAAAACUGUUUUGGAGAUGACCGGCUGUGUUUCUCGAUCGAACGAUCUGGUUAAACAAAAGCCAGACCUGCGAAAGGCGAGGAAACUUUUACUUGCAAAUUGGUAUAAUUUGAUGAUCAAAGCAGAUUUCCACAAGCAUUCGACCAAUCCAGCCAACAUCCAGAAAUUGAUAGAUUUAACAUUUGAAGUGCUAAACAGAGCAUUCGAAUUCUUUAACAUUUGGUCGACGGAGACGACUGCUGCUAUCCAAAAUCCAGAGCAAAAAGCCGAAGAUGUACAGCAGGCCACAAAAUCUGCUCUAGUGCCAUCUGCAAGUGAUCUUCAAAUGCCACAUUUGACGAAACCUCCAACCGCCAUGGCGCGCUUGCAUGAGAUUUACGAUCUUUUGAUUCUGUAUGUUGGCUUGAUUCUAGGCCGAUUAGACUUGAUCGAACAUAACCCUAGCGGGGUGGAGGCACUGGAGUAUAUUGUUCAUCAAGUUAUCGUACUACUAAGGGAGCUAUUAUACAUCAACAAGUCCUGUUCUGCCAUAAUUCAAGAGAAGUUUCAAUAUGCUUACGAGAAUACUCUACACAAGAAUCUCGAUCCACUUUUCUCGUUAGUGUCGGAACUUGUUUCUUGCGUUAAAGCUUUGGUUACGGAAACUUUGAAAGAAGACUUUGGGCAUACAGCGAGACAUCUCUCGAUAAAGGAAGGGACUUACCACUAUACUGAUCAAGGCCAAAGAUUAUGCGAUGUUGUAGCUAAUAUGACCGGCCUGAUUUCGGAUUCUAUCAGCGGUUGCAGUAGCUACCUUCGCCUUAUCGGAGAUUUUCAGCUCUCUGCUGACAGACAAAAUUUAGAUUUUCAGAAGAUUAAGAUGACACCUGCAAAAUUCUUCCAGAGAUGCUCUGUGGGAUUAACAAAGCAUAUUGACAAGGGACUGCUAAAAGAGAAAUUCUUUGAAGCUGAAAGUGGCCGAGAUCCACGCUCAUGGAAAUCGGUUAGUAGAUAUUCUUGUAUCCGCUCGGGCAGUAUGGAUGAUCCUGGAAUCACGCGUCGCGGAACUCAGUUUUUACAGGACUAUUUGCAAGAUCAGAAGCCUUUUGGAAGGGACUCCACUUUCGAAGCCUUCAGACCAGAUGAAUUAGAGCAAGAAAAACAAGAUUCUAAGUGGGAUAAUAUCAAUGACAAACAACUAAUGCUUGACGAGCUUGUGUUUGAUAAUGAUGGUAACAUUGUUGCUGGAUCUCUCCGCGCUUUAGUAUACAAAUUGACUGAUGAGAUAGAUAAGCCAGAUGACUUCUUUAUCGCAACUUGCCUAUACAACUUCCGCUCUUUCGGUACUGCAAUAGACUUCAUUGAUUUGCUAAUUUCCCGCGCUGACUUAAAUGACAGCACUUCGCAAUUUGAUUGUUCGACAAGCAACGGACCAUACUCCUCAAGAUCUUCGAGAAUCAAAAAUAGAAGAAAACUUGUAUCUUUCAUAUUUCAGACUUGGAUGGAAAGUUUCUGGGAUUCUAGCACAGACUAUAAAGUAUUACCCACCAUGAUAAACUUUUUUAAUGAAGGUUUGUCGUUGCACUUGCCCAUAGAGUCUAAAAGACUCAUUGAGAUAGCUGCGAAAUUAUCAGCUUGGAAGCCCACCUCGAAGGCGUAUAAAAGGGGACAGAAAGUCCACCCUCAGCUGAAGCCUAAGAAAAUUCGAUCAAGGUGUAAUUCGAUCUACUCUGAUAUUUCAUCGAGUAGCUUGAGUAGUCGCCUCUCCGUGUUUUCUUUGGAUGAAAAAAUCAUUGAAGAGUACGAGCUAAAUCAUGUACAGCCACGCAGUGUUAGCUCCAUAUCGUUGCCGUUGCCGGUUCUUAACUUGGGAACUUCAUCUCUUCUCAGUAAGCGAAACGUACAAGACAUGGAGAGGUUGGUAAAUCGCUACAGAUCAAUGGUAGGAAAAUCGAUUCAAACAACCACACCGAAUGCUUUCGUGCCUAAAAGUGAACUCUCUCUUUUAAUCAUGGAAUGGAAUGAUCUUGUUAACAGAUGCAAGGAGGUUCCUAGGAAUUUGAUCCAUAAUGAUAUGAGUUUAGUCGACCUGAACGCUCUGGAGGUUGCGAAGCAGCUUACACUAAUCGAAUCACGGUUAUAUCUGAAUAUUCACUCUUUUGAGCUACUCGAUGACAAGCUUUUAGAGAAGAAUCUUGAUGAAAAAUCGUCUCCUAAUGUUACCACGCUUUUGGGCUUUACCAACAGAUUAUCCAAUUAUGUCUUCGAAACCAUUUUGAGUCCUCAAAUUUCGCUCAAAGCCCGCGUUUCACGGUUAAAAGUCUGGCUCAAAGUAGCUUUAUCGUGCUCUUAUUUCAGGAAUUAUAAUUCAGUCGCCUCAAUCAUGACUGCUCUUCAAAAUCAUGCUAUAACGAGAUUGAACACUAUCUGGACUGACCUGCGCAAGAAAGACAUUGAGCUUUAUGAAUAUCUUUCAAGAAUUGUCCACCCUAAUAACAACUUCAAGGUUUACAGAAAAAAAUUGAAAAGAUAUAUGAAAGAGGAUGCUGUGGGUACAUUAUCACAAGAUAGGUCCUCAGUGCCGGUUGUUCCUUUUUUCAAUUUAUUCUUACAGGAUCUUACCUUCAUCUCUGAAGGAAACAACACGUUUCGGAAUCCGGACUCCUUCAGGCCACAUAAACUGAUAAACCUUGAUAAAUUUUACAAGAUUACAAAGACUCUGAACAUUACAGCAUACUUCCAGGUUGAUUAUGAAGUGCAAGAAGAGCGAACCGAAAACUUAAGCUCCUUCUUUAAUUUGAACGACCAGGUUGAUGGUGAUACUAAAAGCAUUAAACCCAUUCCGUUGUUGCAAGAAUUUAUUCUUUAUGAGAUCUGGAGGGUCAACAUUUUAUACAAGGAAACCACUGACCGUGCAUAUCAAUUGAGCUUGCAGUUAUCUCCCAGAAAGUAA